AUGGCCGCGGGUGUGAUCUGGCCUCUCUGUGACUUCCGGCUGCCUCUGCCAUACCAUGGGCCCUUCCUGCCCUCAGACCCGGAGCCCCCAGACUCUUCUGAGGAGGAGGAGGAGGAGGAUGGGGAAGAGGAACUGGAGGUCGAGGGGCCAGAGGGCCACAGCCCGGCCCCCCAGAGCUCAGCUUGGGCCCCAGAAGUGGCCCCUCUGGACCCCGGUGGCCCAGAGACGCCGCUGCAGCUCCUGCGGUUCUCUGAGCUCAUCAGUGGCGACAUCCAGCGGUACUUCGGCCACAAGGACCGGGGGCAGGACCCCGACGCCUGCGACAUCUACGCCGAUGGCCACACGGCCAGCAACUCAGCCCGGGAGCUCUCCUGCGCCAACCUUGUGCGCCUGGCCCAGGGCGAGGCCCCAGAAAAUGAGGCCACUGAGCCCGGGGUCUGCUCCCCUGGGGCCCCCGAGGGGCAGGCGUGCGGGCCGGGCCUCGGUGGGGAAGGGCUGCAGCCGCUGGGACCCCUGGCCGAGCUCUUCGACUACGGGCUGCGGCAGUACUUGGGACCCAGGGCCGCGGCCGGCCGCCGACUCAGGCUGGAGCAGAAGUACGGCCACAUCACCCCCAUGACCCAAAGGAAGCUUCCCCCCUCCUUCUGGAAGGAGCCGGCACCCAGCCCCCUGGGUCUGCUGCACCCCGGCACGCCUGACUUCAGCGACCUGCUGGCCAGCUGGUCAGCAGAGGCCGGCCCCGAGCUGCUGGGCUGGGGGGGCCAGGCCCUGGAGGGGGUGCAGCUGGCCGAGGCCUAGUGAUUGAGCAAGGAUCAGCGGGGGUGAGCUGAGGGCAACAAGGGCCCGGACUCUCCUUAUUGCUGUCCUGAGAGGAGCC